AUGUUGGAUGUGGUGAGUUCUUGUCGGCAUAAUGGCCAUUUGAAGAAAAUUGGAAUAUUUGUCACGCUCUUUUUUGGGGUGAUUUUUUUCUGGCGGUUGUUAGUUUCAUUAAACCGGCUGAUGAAUCAAGAGCUCCAAGUAGUCAAUGAUAAGGAAUCCAGUGCUGAUGUAAGAAGGCUUGAAUUUUGGUCGGUUCCAUGA